AUGAAGUUUCGCCGUGUAAUUCCGUUCAUCGUAGUGGUUACUGCACAUGUGUCGGCUUCGUCGAGUUCGUCCGGCUCGUCGUCAAGUAUUGGACUGAAUGGCUGGUAUCCAUGUUCAGAGUCGACCUUUUCAGACGAAGGAGGAUCUGCCAACCAGGAUGCUGAGUGUGCCGUGUACACCGCACCGCUGUGUUAUCCCGGUAUCUGCGAGAAUCCGGCGUUUGUCACUACUACGACCGUGGACAUCUUCGUGAAGAGGAUCGCUGCUUUAAACGACUCAAAAACUGCGACGAAUGUGUGGAUCAUGCAAGGCGGUCCGGGUGCUUCCUCUACUGCCAUGGAAUCGACGAUGGUGGAGCUACACACCCGACUGGAUGGAACUGUGAACGUUUACACCAUGGACCACCGCGGUACUGGUCGAAGUACGUUGUUGGACUGCGUUGCAGCACAAUCAACUACAACCGGGUCUCCAUGGGGAAGUGGAAUUGACACAGCGGAGGUCCCAGCAUGUGCUCAGGCGCUUGAAAAGAAGUACGGGAAUCUGUCGUCAUUCUCCAUGACAAGUGCAGCUACCGAUAUGGCCACAUUCAUUUCCGACUACACGAAUGGUGCAGAUACUAUCGUGUACGCAGUGAGUUACGGUACUGCGUUGGUAGAGCGCUUGAUUCAUCUGGACCCUCCUGAAGUGACUGGGUAUGUUCUGGAUGGUGUGGCCACGAGUUCGGGAUCGCCAAAAGAAUUUGAGUAUUUUUCAACUUGGGACGCUGAUUUCGGCGACGUAGGUGACUCAUUCAUGGCACUUUGUGCCUCACAAAGCGAGUGUAGUGACAAAUUCAUAUCAACGGAUUUGUCUACUACGCUUACGAACUUGAUCACGGAUUUCGACAAUAAUCCACACUCAGCGUGUGCAGCUCUGUUAAAGGACGAGAGUAGUGAUCCUGCAUCGUAUAUAGUUCGGGAAGCACUGGGGUCAUUGUUACAGAGUGUGAAUAUGCGAACGCUCAUCCCGCCAAUUGUGUACCGGUUGAACCGCUGCUCAUCUGAAGAUACCGACGUGUUGACGCAUUUCUUCAAAGCUUUGAACACGUACCAAAAUUCUCCAGAUGAGGAAAACGCGUUUGAGUCGUCGUUACUUUAUUAUCUGAUAGUCUUCUCCGAGAUGUGGGAGAAGCCACAAGUCUCCUCUUCAGAAAUGCUCGAGCGAUUUGUCAACUCGAAAAUCUCAAAUGGAGGAACGUACUUGGAGAUCCCGCAGUACUGUGCCUUUUCGAAAGAGAACUCGACGGUUUGCAAUGAAUUGGAUGUCGGUUCCUAUGGUGCCAAUGGGAUAAUCUACGAACGUGACCACUACUGGAACAAGAGCGCCUCAAUUCCUACACACGCGAGUGUAUUACUGUUGAGCAGCAAACUGGACCCACAGACUCCGCAUAAAUACGCCGAGUAUUUGCUGGAGGCAUUGGACGGUAGUAACAAGGAGUUGAUCACGUUCGACUACGCUACACAUGGGACACUGUGGACAACGCCUCUGACUGACGACGACGAGAGUGAGACGUGCGGUAUGAAGCUGCUGUUGUCGUAUGUGAGCAACAAUGGCGACCUAGGUGGCCUCGACAAGGUUUGUGUUGAUGAGAUGCCAGCGUUCAACUUGACAGUACCGCUUGUAUAUUCACACUAUUUCUUGAGCACGGACAAUGCCUACGAUGGUGUCUAUGAUGCAAGCUUGAGUGCGAGUGGAUCAACCGGUGGCGGGUCGGCCUCCAAAAGCAGCUCCAAGUACAAAACUGUCUUUAUUGUUUUCCUUGUAUUUUUCGUGGUGGCGCUUGGAAUUGCUGGUUUCUUCUGGUACCGUUGGUAUAAAAUCAAGCUCCAGAAGACAGACACGACUGACGACAAGUUCGUCGAGAUAUCAACACCAAUUGAACAGGAUCAGUCGAUAAGCUCCGUCACAGCUCAACGAGUGUAG